UUGUUUUCAUUCCCCCUGUCACACGAGGCAGUGGCAAACCCAAAGUGGGAGGGGAGAAAUAGAGGGAGGGAAGGGGGCGGAAAGAGGGCUGAAAGUGAAAGGCACAGCGGGCCUCUCUGUCUCCCGUCUGACUCGGUUCUCGACUGCUCCGGGCCGCCGAUGUAUUGUGGGAUCGCGGCGCCGUCCCUGAGACACUCGGAUCCGCAGGGGAGCCCGCUAGAGAGCGCCUCCUGUCGUCCGUAAGGCUGCCCUGCCAUUCCUCGGCACCCCAACUCCCCCCACACCCCCAUCGCCUCCUCUUCCAUCCUCCAGUUCAAAAUGGCGACGGCGGCGGCAGCGGCGGCGGCGAUGGCUCCUCCGGGCUACCCGGGUUCGUGCCCCAACUUCGCAGUAGUCUGCUCCUUCUUGGAGCGCUACGGGCCGCUGCUAGAUCUGCCUGAGUUGCCGUUCCCCGAGCUGGAGCGGGUGCUGCAGGCGCCGCCGCCAGACGUCGGCAACGGAGAAGUACCAAAAGAAUUGGUGGAGCUCCAUUUGAAGUUGAUGAGGAAGAUUGGUAAAUCUGUUACAGCAGACAGAUGGGAAAAAUAUUUGAUCAAGAUAUGCCAAGAGUUUAACAGUACCUGGGCAUGGGAAAUGGAGAAGAAGGGCUAUCUUGAAAUGAGUAUUGAAUGCAAACUAGCACUCUUAAAGUACCUCUGUGAGUGUCAGUUUGAUGACAAUCUCAAAUUCAAGAAUAUUAUUAAUGAGGAGGAUGCUGAUACUAUGCGUCUCCAGCCAAUUGGGCGAGACAAAGAUGGCCUCAUGUAUUGGUACCAACUGGAUCAAGAUCACAAUGUCAGAAUGUACAUAGAAGAACAAGAUGAUCAGGAUGGCUCUUCAUGGAAAUGCAUUGUCAGAAAUCGAAACGAGUUGGCUGAGACUCUUGCACUCCUGAAAGCACAGAUUGAUCCUGUACUAUUGAAAAACUCUAGCCAACAAGACAACUCUUCCCGGGAAAGUCCCAGCUUAGAGGAUGAGGAGACUAAAAAAGAGGAAGAAACACCUAAACAAGAGGAACAGAAGGAAAAUGAAAAGAUGAAAGGUGAAGAACAACCAAUAGAUUCAGAAAACCAUUCUACAGCCAAUGUUCUAGAAGAGACUACUGUGAAAACAGAAAAAGAAGAUGAAAAGGAACUUGUGAAACUGCCAGUCAUAGUGAAGCUAGACAAACCUUUGCCAGAAAGUGAGGAAAAAAAGAUUAUCAAAGAAGAAAGUGAUUCCUUCAAGGAGAAUGUGAAACCCAUUAAAGUCGAAGUGAAGGAAUGCAGAACAGAUCCUAAAGAUAUCAAGGGUGGCAUAGAGAAGCUAGUGGCACAGGAACCUGAGAGGCUAGAAUUUGGUGGCAAUGUUAAAUCUUCUCAAGAAAUUACUGAGAAAUCUACUGAAGAAACCGAGAAACUUAAAAAUGACCAGCAGGCCAAGAUACCACUAAAAAAACGAGAAAUUAAACUGAGUGAUGAUUUUGACAGUCCAGUCAAAGGACCUUUGUGUAAAUCAGUUACUCCAACAAAAGAGUUUUUGAAAGAUGAAAUAAAACAAGAGGAAGAGACUUGUAAAAGGAUCUCUACGAUCACUACUUUGGGUCAUGAAGGAAAACAACUAGUAAAUGGAGAAGUUAGUGAUGAAAAAGUAACUCCAAAUUUUAAGACAGAACAAAUAGAGACAAGGUUUUAUGAUACAAAGGAAAAUAGCUAUAUUCCCUCUAAAGACAGAAAUGUCAUCAUGGAGGGAAAUGGAGAAGAGUCCUUAAAUUCUGUCAUAAUGAGUGUGAAAAUAGGUGAGCUUGAGAAAGAAACUGUCCCUUUAGGGAAAGAUGUAGAUAGUUCAAUAUCAAUCUUAGAGACUCAGAAUCAAAAAGGGCAGGUAGAGGAACCUGGUCCUCCAGAAAUGGAAACCUCUCUUGAGUCUUCUGAAAUGGCAAAGGAUCUCUCUUUAAAAACUGCUUUGUCUACCACUGAGUCCUAUACCAUGAAAGUUGAAGACAAGUCUCCCAAAAGUAAGAAAGAUAAGCGCCCACCAAUCCUAGAAUGUCUUGAAAAGUUAGAGAAGUCCAAAAAGACAUUUCUUGAUAAGGACAUACAAAGAUUGAGUCCAAUACCAGAAGAAGUUCCAAAGAGUACUCUAGAAUCAGAAAAACCUGGCUCUCCUGAGGUAGCUGAAACUUCUCCACCAUCUAAUAUGACUGACCACUGUGAGAAAGUAGCCUUAGAAAAAGAAGUGGUAGAACUGGUAGGUUCUGUUGAAGGUCAGCCUCUGCAAAAAGUUAACCCAGAAAUUCUCCAAGAGGAUUGUGAGCCCAUGAAGAUAGAAAUGGAUAAUCUGGACAAUGCCAAGACCUCUGGCAUAGAGGAUCCUUCUGAGACAAAGGGUUCUAUGCAAAAAAGCAAAUUUAAAUAUAAGUUGAUUCCUGAAGAAGAAACCACUGCCUCAGAAAAUACAGAGAUAACUUCUGAAAGGCAGAAAGAGGGCAUCAAAUUAACAAUUAGGAUAUCCAGUCGGAAAAAGAAGCCAGAGUCUCCCCCAAAAAUUCUGGAACCAGAAAGCAAACAAGAAAAGGCAGAAAAGGAAGAAGAGAAAACAAAUGUGGGUCGUACUUUAAGGAGGUCUCCAAGAAUAUCUAGACCCACAGCAAAAGUGGCUGAGAUCAGAGAUCAGAAAGCUGAUAAAAAAAAGGGAGAAGGAGAAGAAGAAGCGGAAGAAGAGUCAAUAGCUUUGCAAAAAACUGACAAAAAAGAAAUUUUGAAAAAAUCGGAGAAGGAUACAAAUUCUAAAGUAAGCAAGGUAAAACCCAAAGGCAAAGUUCGAUGGACUGGUUCUCGAACACGUGGCAGGUGGAAAUAUUCCAGCAAUGAUGAAAGUGAAGGAUCUGACAGUGAAAAAUCAUCUGCAGCUUCAGAAGAGGAAGAAGAAAAGGAAAGUGAAGAAGCCAUCUUAGCAGAUGAUGAUGAACCAUGCAAAAAAUGUGGCCUUCCAAACCAUCCUGAACUAAUUCUUCUGUGUGAUUCUUGUGACAGUGGAUACCACACUGCCUGCCUUCGCCCUCCUCUGAUGAUCAUCCCCGAUGGAGAAUGGUUCUGCCCCCCUUGUCAGCAUAAAUUACUCUGUGAAAAAUUAGAGGAACAGUUGCAGGAUUUGGAUGUUGCCUUAAAGAAGAAAGAACGUGCUGAACGAAGGAAAGAACGCUUGGUGUAUGUUGGUAUCAGUAUUGAAAACAUCAUUCCUCCACAAGAGCCAGAUUUUUCUGAAGAUCAGGAAGAAAAGAAAAAAGAUUCAAAAAAAUCCAAAGCAAACUUGCUUGAAAGGCGGUCAACAAGGACACGGAAAUGUAUAAGUUACAGAUUUGAUGAGUUUGAUGAAGCAAUUGAUGAAGCUAUAGAAGAUGAUAUCAAAGAGGCUGAUGGAGGAGGAGUUGGCCGAGGAAAAGAUAUCUCCACCAUCACAGGUCAUCGUGGGAAAGACAUCUCUACUAUUUUGGAUGAAGAAAGAAAAGAAAAUAAACGACCCCAGAGGGCAGCUGCUGCUCGAAGGAAGAAACGCCGGCGACUAAAUGAUCUGGACAGUGACAGCAACCUGGAUGAAGAAGAGAGUGAGGAUGAAUUCAAGAUCAGUGAUGGAUCUCAAGAUGAGUUUGUUGUAUCUGAUGAAAACCCAGAUGAAAGUGAAGAAGAUCCACCAUCUAAUGAUGACAGCGAUACUGAUUUCUGUAGCCGUAGACUGAGGCGACACCCUUCCCGGCCAAUGAGGCAAAGCAGGCGUUUGCGGAGGAAGACUCCAAAGAAAAAGUACUCUGAUGACGAUGAAGAGGAAGAAUCUGAGGAGAAUAGUAGAGACUCUGAAAGUGACUUCAGCGAUGAUUUUAGUGAUGAUUUUGUAGAAACUCGUCGAAGGCGGUCAAGGAGAAACCAAAAAAGACAGAUUAACUACAAAGAAGAUUCAGAAAGUGAGGGUUCCCAGAAGAGUUUACGACGUGGUAAAGAAAUAAGACGAGUUCACAAGCGCAGACUUUCCAGCUCAGAGAGUGAAGAGAGCUAUAUGUCCAAGAAUUCUGAAGAUGAUGAGCUAGCUAAAGAAUCAAAGCGGUCAGUUCGAAAGCGGGGCCGAAGUACAGAUGAGUAUUCAGAAGCGGAUGAGGAAGAGGAGGAAGAAGAAGGCAAACCGUCCCGCAAACGGCUACACCAGAUUGAGACAGACGAGGAAGAGAGUUGUGACAAUGCUCAUGGAGAUGCAGAUCAGCCUGCCUGUCACAGCCAGCCAAGGGUCCUGCCCUCAGAACAAGAAAGCACCAAGAAGCCCUACCGGAUAGAAAGUGAUGAUGAAGAGGACUUUGAAAAUGUAGGCAAAGUGGGGAGCCCAUUGGACUAUAGCUUAGUGGACUUACCUUCUACCAAUGGACAGAGUCCAGGCAAAGCCAUUGAGAACUUGAUUGGCAAGCCAACUGAGAAGCCUCAGACCCCCAAGGACAACAGCACAGCCAGUGCAAGCCUAGCCCCCAAUGGGACAAGUGGUGGGCAGGAGGCAGGGGCACCAGAAGAGGAGGAAGAUGAGCUUUUGAGAGUGACUGACCUUGUUGAUUAUGUCUGUAACAGUGAACAAUUAUAAGACUUUUUUUCCAUUUUUGUGCUAAUUUAUUCCACGGUAGCUCUCACACCAGCGGGCCAGUUAUUAAAAGCUGUUUAAUUUUUUCCUAGAAAACUCCACUACAGAAUGACUUUUUAGAAGAAAAAUUUCAACAAAUCCUGAAGUCUUUCUGUGAAGUGACCAGUUUUGAACUUUGAAGAUAAAUAAUUGCUGUAAAUUCCUUUUGAUUUUCUUUUUCCAAGUUCAUGGUCCUUGGUAAUUUCAUUCAUGGAAAAAAAAAAUCUUAUUAUAAUAACAACAAAGAUUUGUAUAUUUUUGACUUUAUAUUUCCUGAGCUCUCCUGACUUUGUGAAAAAGGGUGGAUAAGAAUGCAUUCCAAAUCUGUGAGGGCCCAAAACAGAAUUUAGGGGUGGGAGAAAGCACUUGUGCUUUAGCUUUUUCAUAUUAAAUAUAUAUUAUAUUUAAACAUUCAUGGCAUAGAUGAUGAUUAACAGACUGUUUAAAAGUUCAAGUCUGUACUGUUACAGUUUGAGAAUUGUAGAUAACAUCAUACAUAAGUCGUUUAGUAACAGCUUUCGUGAAAUCAACUUGUUUACUACUGGAGAUAACCACACUUAAUAAAGAAGAGAUCGUGAAAGUACCAUCAUAAGAACCUUUAACCUAAGUUUCUGUUACAGCGGGAUUUCUUGUUUAAAAAAAUAAAAUCAUCUGAAAAGCAUUUGUACAGUAAAAUGUAUAAUGAAGCUUUGACAACCAGACUGUGCUAGCAAAUUUUUUAAAUAGCCUUAUGCAGUGGUGAUAAGGUGGCCUCUAAUACACUAUAUCUGAUGGAGAGUUAUUAAUGAAAUGGGUGUGGUCUUUCUUAAGGCCUAGGUGGAAUGUAAACUUUGCCAGUAGUGUAACUCUUGUCUUCUGGCCACUUGAUGUUUAAAUAUAUGGAAUAUCAUUUUGAAAGAAACACAUCUAUAUAUAACAUACAUGAAGAGAUGCUAAGCUGACAGCAGUAUUUUAGCACAUUUAAAAACGGGGAAGGGAUUUUCAGGUGAAUUUUAACUGGUCUAUUCUUACCCUUAGUAUCUACUUCAAAUUGAAGUCUACAAACAAAGCAGUUCCUUUGGGAGGUUUUUAGUUUGAGUUUGUGUGUGUGUGUGUGUGUGUGUGUGUGUGUGUGUGUGUGUGUGUGAGUGAGAAAGAGAGAGAAUUUCCUAUCUGCCUGGAUAUAUUAGCAGGGUUUGAAUGUAGUUUUGGCCUUUGGCCAUUAGGCUUCUAUUAAAAUUCAUUAAUAGUCACACAACCAACAUAGAGUUGAAUGAGAACUGCCGAUAUACUUAAUAGGCAUGACAUCCAUUUCAAACAUCUCAACACUUUGAAAAAAGAUAGGCCCUUUGUUUCCAGAAAAAGGGAUUUGUAACUAAAUAUCUAACGUAAUUGACACUAAAAUAGGAACUUUUAUCUUACUUAGUUUCUGUUAUAGCUGUAAAAUUUCAGGCAGAGCCAUAACAUUGUACAGAGUGUAGCAUUUGUGAUUAAACCUUAUCUGUCAAAUUCUGAAACUUUCAACCAUUACUUCUGUGAAUACUUUUGCCCUGGGAUUUGGGUUUUUCUGUUCCAGUGUUGUGUCUGUUGCCGGCAAUGGGCACACCAUAUCUGCUGCUGGCCCAAGGAACUUCAUUAAUUUUUCUUUCUAGAUUAAGUAUUAUAUGUGCUAGUCAGUAUAUAGUAAAGCACUUCUCUUUUUUGUUAUUAAAAAGCUGGCAUUAGACUUGCAUCUUAAAUACCUCUCUAGGAACGUUAUACUCCUUUUCCUUCCUCAACAGGUGUUGCCCUAGGUCUCAUCCUUUGGCCUUGGAAGCUUAUAGCUGUUGUUUUUCAGUUGGUGUUGGUUCUUUUGUUUCACUUUAGUUCUGUAGUACCUGCCCAUUAAUAUUUUUGCUUUGAUUCUAGCAAUGUAUAUGUAUCUGUAUAAAAAAUAAAAUAACGAAAGCAGCCUAAUAAUAGGAUGCAUCAAUAGCA